AUGCCAUUCAGUGGCUACAUCACCGAAAAUGCCGAUGGCCUUCACCAAUCGAUCUACCGAACAAGAAAUGGCUCUAAAAAGGUAUUAACCUACACAUCUCUUCAACCUGGCUCAACACGCAGCAUUUACCCAAGUCUGGACGAACCACAAUAUCAAGCACCAGUCUCUUUGACGAUUCUUCAUCCGAAGGGUACUGUAGCUCGAGCAAAUGGCAUAGAGAUUACAGAAUCGAGGACAGAGGCAGAACCACUCUGGGAAAAAACGUCCUUUGCUGCUACUGAGGCUCUUCCCACGUAUCUGAGUGGUUUCACCGUAUCAGAUUUCGACAGUAGAGAAGCAAAUGCUAAAGAUGGAACAAAAGUUCGUGUCUAUGCUCGCCCAGAAGCUACAGAAUCUGCUAAUUCUACUACAUACGCCUUAGAAACUGCCACAAAGGUGUUGGAUCUUCUCCAAGACUAUUUUGGAGUGCCGCUCAGUAGCCAAAAAUUAGACCUCUUCGCUGUUCCUGUAAUGGAAGGCAUGCCAGCAAGUGGGCCUGGACUCAUAUUUAUGCCCGAGGACGAGUUGGUAAUAAGCUCAACCAAAGGUAGCGUAGAGGAAAGAGUCAAAGUAGCACGAGCAUUAGCCAAUCAACUAAGUCGACAGUGGUUCGGCAAUCUCGUCACUCCUUCAGACUGGCAUGCUCUUUGGCUCAACGAAGCCUUUGCCAACUAC